GAUUGCCAACUUCUGUCGGCGGGACGCCACACACGAAUAUGGCGCGGCGGUCAGUGAAUGAAGGCCCACGAUGACACGCUUGCUCUGGGAUAACCGGCCCGCUCCGUGUCUCCGAGUUUUCCCGUGGUGUGUGUCGAUCCUCUUGCAACUGUUGGUGGUGCGACAUUGCCGCGCCCUGGAUGUGAUCUCGGCCUGCUACGUCGACUGCGAGUCGCGACUGGUGGUGGAAGAAGAAAGCUUCAACGUGGUGUGUGACAAAAGCUGCAGGCUGCAAAAGUGCCGAGAUGGUUGUGACAAGUGGCGAGAGUCCACGUCGUCCUCGUGCGAAGGCGUCUGUAAUGGAUCCGUUCCAUCUCAAGGGAAGGACCUGUUUUGUCUCAUGGGAUGUAACCUCGCUGUCACAGCGUACCUGCAGAAUCUCAAAGCACAAAUCGGCCAACCACCGGCGCCAUUCUUGGUGGCCGAUUCGAGAACCAGCGACACGGUGACGAUCCGCUGGAACGCUUCCCCGGUCUACAACGGCAGCUUUCUGGUCCAGUGGAAGUACGAUGCCCUGCAGGGAGACUGGGAGUACUACGAGCCGGAUCGGCCGCUCGCCACAAACUCCCUCCGCAUCGAGGGACUCCGACCUUACACCAAAUACAGAUUCCGUGUCGCUUGGGUCAUCUUGCCAAACAACAACCCGCUGUUUUCGCUGCCAAGCGUUGUCAUAUCGACGCUACCACACGGAGUUCCUUCGACGCCGCCUAAAAUCACGAGCCUCACCACGAUCGGUCCGAGACGCAUUGCGGUGAGCUGGGACCCUCCGCAGUUCCCGAACGGACCUAUUCUCUCCUACGUGCUCUACCUCGUGGAACAUCCGAGCGGUUUCACAACCGUCAAGGACAUCUCCGAUAUUACCGGGGGUUUGUACUUCAUGUUCAGCGGCUUGAGACCCGAGAUGCUCUACACUGUAUCGGUGGCGACCAACAACAACCUCGGCCUGGGCCCCGCGGACAGACGGAACAUUACGACUCCCGCGCACAUCAACAACACAUUGUUACCCACACCGGAGCCUCACCUUUUAAUUGCAACGCGAUGGCAAGUUCUGAAACAAGGACUGAGCAUCCUUGACGUGCCAGUUGCAGCGUUCCACACAGCGUCUCCAUUGGAGAUUACGGGUGUAGCAGUGCACGUCUCGAAGAACCUGCUCUUCGUUGCGGAUUCACUGGGGUCAAUUCACAGCAUCGAAUUUGCAGAUGGAUUCCGUUCUAAUGCUAUCAUUCUAAACAGCUCAAAUCAUAUCGGUCUCCUUUCCGUCGACUGGCUCAACCACAUGCUUUACAUGGUAGAAGGCGAACAGAUAAGCGUGUGCAACCUUACUGGAAGCGAAUGUCGGGUGGCAGUCUCUGGCUUUGACAAGAAGCCUUCGGAGAUGAAAGUCGACCCCUACAAUGGAUACCUCUACUGGGUCCUGCAGAAUGGCACUACGGGCGGCCUCUACCGCAUCGACCUCGCCAAGAUUAGGAAAGAUGCCGUGGCAAGACAGGAGGCCCAGCUUCUCCUCAAGGAUCUCGAACUACACACCUUCUUGGUGGACUACAAGAACUACAGGAUCCUCCUGCCAAAGAGCGCUCAGAAUACCGUGGUGUCGGUGUCGCUGUCAGGGACCGACGAGACGGACAUUCGCCGAAACUCCCAGAGGCACCAGUUCACGGACGUGCGCAGGGUGACCUACCACAGGGGCAACCUGUACUGGACCACCGCGACGGAGGCGUUUGGGGAGGAGUACCACGAGAAGGGGGACAAGUUCUACCACAACAAGUACACGGUGGACAGCCAGCCACUCGUGUACAUUGGGAUCUUCCACAUGUCGUCCCAGCCGUUCCCUGUACCGGUAAACCCCGUCCAGAAGGUCCAAGCCAUCUUCAAGGAGGACCUUGCGAAAAUUGCAUGGGAACCUCCAAGACUUUUAGGAGGUUUAGGUCAGGGGGCCUGGCAGAAGUGGCUGUACGAAGUACGAGUGCAAGACCACUCCACCAAGGUCUUUAUAUACAUCAUGAACAUCACAGAUACUUCCACCACCAUCAGGAACCUGCGUCCAAACACCGUCUACUCUGUCAAAGUACGGGCAUACAGCCAGGGAGGAAGAGGACCUUGGUCCACAGAUUUUGUCGGACGAACCUUGAGGCCACCCUCACGACGGGGAUUUCCGUACAUGCUCUGGAGUGCGAGCGAAGCGCUGUUGAAGUCCGACAUUGUUGGAGACAGUAUUCAACCGCUCAUCCAUUGGAGCAGCCUGGACAGUGCCUACAUCACUGAUAUUACUUGGUACCAGGACCAGCUUUUUCUCAACACCAACACAUCCCUGGUGUACACAUACAAUGUUUCUUCACAUUUCUCACUGGAAAGGCUCCAGAACAUCAGCCAUGCUUCUGCGGUCGCUGUGGACUGGCUGGCACCAAAGCUGUACUGGUCAAGUCCUCUCAGGCAAAUGAUAUCGCGUUCAAACUUGGAUGGCACAUACCCAGAAUCGCUGCCCCUUUUGACUAUGGCGCAGGAGAUAGCCAUUGAUUCUUUGUCUGGAUACCUUUAUUGGGCCACCACGCACAGUGUGGAAUGCUCAAGGCUCAACGGCGAGGACAGGCAGUCCUUCUUUCAGACUGGUCUUUUUUCCGGAAAGCAAGUCAUGGGACUUACCUUGGAUCUGGGCCAUGAAAAGAUCUUUUGGAUGGUUCGAAGUUUUCAAGGCUCAAAUCUGUUCCAGUCGUCGCUCAGGAAGGAAACGGGCCCUAGAGAAAUUUCCGAAAAAAUUGUGGGUCCUUUGUCAGAAAGUGAAAUGAAAGGGCCAGUUUGGUAUUUCAGCAACCGCCUCUACUGGAUCCACCAGGAAAAAGAGGCCAUCAUUUCCAACAUGAUCGGACAGAACAUUGCCACCUUGAGGGGCUUGGGCCUUUACGAGCUGAAGGCUCUGGCUGUUGUCGACGCUUCUCUUCAGCCGUACCCAGGUGGCUUGGACCCAUCGCUUGUAAAAGUAGUGCCUUCCCAAAUUGCCAGGAACAAGAUCAAAGUGAUUGGUACCUGGGAAAAUUUCACAAUAAUCUGGUCCAUGGAGACAAACGUUAACUAUGGAGAAGUGUUCUACGAGCUAAAGAUUUCAGAUGACCGGGAGGUUUACACACAGGUGACAUUGGAGAAUCGUUUCAUAUACCCAACAAGGAACCUCUUGCGUCCUUACACACGCUUGGAGAUUGUAGUGCGAGCCUACACCUUCUGGGCAUCCUCUCGACCAACGACAACAGUGAUCUAUUCACCCAUGUCGGUUCCAACUGCUCCCCUGCAUGCGAGAGUCUUUGUCAAUCACAAAUCCUCUCCUCUUCGAAUGAAGUACGUCAUUGAGGCUGAGUUCCGCUGGGCCGCCCCUGAACAUCCCAAUGGAGUCAUUGAAAGUUAUCGCAUCAACUGCUGGUUCUUCAAGGAUGAUUCCAUAGUUACACUCUGCAAGAAUGUCCGGGUUGGAGGAGAAGCGCUCUCCUAUCGCAUCGGCAACCUCCUUCCCAAUACAACAUACUACUUUCAAGUUGGAGCGGCGACGCGUGCCGGGGAAGGCCCCAUGAGCGACCUGGUGCAGGCAAGCACUGCCAAGGAGCAUCCCGUGCCCAAGCUGCUGCUCGCCAAGACGGAUGCAGUCAAAGUCACUGACGUGGACCUCCACCAGGAGAGGCUACUCUCGAGCAAGGCCAGUCACCCCGUGGCCAUCGCUUACUUGGGUCAAGACGGGAGAGUCUUCUGGCUCGAGGAGAAGGGCCUCCUCAUGGCCUCGGGACUGGACGGGUCGAACAUCACAGUGGUGCACAGUCUUCCUUUCUCUGGAACAAGCCUUACCAUUGACUGGAUCGGUCGAUACCUCUACUGGACUGAGACUAACCGCUCGCUGGGGCAGAGCUCGAUCCUCAUGAUGGACCUCAACCAGGGAUACAAUUUCUACAGGAUCUUAAACAGCAGCAUGUCCAUUUCGUCUGUCGAGGCUGACCCUUUCUCGAGCACUUUGAUAUACACGGCCGUGGCGGGCCACGGCUCCAGGACCCUCAUGGUGUGCAACUCGGACGGCACUAACGCGCACCGGUUCUUUGGCAACUCGCUGUCGCCCGGCCUGCCCCGUUCGAGGCUUUCCAAGCGAAGCGGGCACCAGUCGUGCAGCUGCGAUCCGCACGCAUCCGUGGGCAGUGCCGUGACGCUGGAUCGGUCGCAGAGGAGCGCGCCACGGCUUCUCUGGGUCGACGAGUCUCACGGCAACAUCUGGUCGGCUGACCUGCAGGGAUGCAACUGCACGCUCGUCGUGAAUGCGACCGAGAUGCAGAAUGCUGGCUUGCCACCGACUUCUCUGACGGCCGACAAAUUGUUCAUCUACUGGUCCAACUCAUCGGCUGGUAAAAUCUACAGCUUUGACAAGGCAACCUCGGAGGUGGUUUCCAAUGCUUCUCCCGAGAAUUCCGACUCCUAUGUGCAUCAGAAGAGACGUGUCACCUCGGAGACAGCCAGCGGCAUUCGUGGCAUCCGUGCCAUCGGGGACCACUUGCAGCCCUAUCCUGAUGUCAUUUGUUUGGCACCUCCGCAUAGCGUUGUGCCCCCCACGCUGCUGUCGGCUUCCUCCAAUGAGCUUGUUGUCAAGUUGAUGAUGCCCGCCAGGCCUCCGGAGUGCAGCAAGAUUUCUCUAGCCUCCAUCAAGUACACCUUGUUCUACGGAAUCAUCACCCCCGACAAUGUGUGGCAGUGUGCCGAGUCUCUUCACGGGUGCAGGACGCUGGAAACCUACAACACGACCGUUGUCCUGAGUAACCUGUCGCCUUUCACAAACUACACUGUGAGGGUUGCUAUGAGCAACUUCUACAGCAUUGGAAUGUCGAUCCCGGGUCCCGAUGCUGUGUUCCAGACCUUGGAAGGAGUCCCCAGUGAGCCAAUCAUGGUUCAAGUGGAGCCUGUGACUCCAACAAGGAUUGCGGUUCAGUGGCGGCCGCCCAUCAAGCCCAAUGGCCACCCGAUAUCCUACGAGAUCCGCUGGUUUCAAGAAAACGCGAAGAACAAGUGGCACUCCAUGUCCUACCUAUACUCUUCUGAAGAGAAGAGUUUGAGCUACAGGAUGCUACUCAAGGACAUGGCACCCGGAGUGGAAUAUCACAUUCUGGUACGGGCUUACUCCCGGGGAGGGGACAUGCACAGCGACAGCGAAACGAGGUCUGUGUCGACGUACGAGCUUCCAAACAACCUCACUCUCGCACGAUCAACGUCGCGAGAGAUUGACCUUACCUGGACGGCUCCUGGGAGCCACGUCAUUCUGAGUCACAGAGUGGAGUACCUGAAGCCCAGCACGUCGGAGUGGCGCUACUUUACCAGCGAAGCCACGGAGCCCAACCGGACCUACAUAUACCCACUGCGCAAGCUCCUGCCGAAGACGGACUACUCGCUACGGAUGGUGCUGACGUACAGGAGCUCGCUGAACGACACCUUUCCGUGGCCCCGCUCCGGGCACUUUGCGUUCCAGACGCUGGGCGACAGUCCCGACCGGACCAAGAGCCCCGGCGUGGUCAACCUCGGCCGAGACCUCUACCAGGUCGAGUGGGAGGAGGUGCCGCGCAACGGGGGAGAGGUCCUUGUCUACGAGCUACAAGUCAGGACUGUGAGUGAGGUCAUCGAGCAGCAAGAUGACGGUAGCACCCAGAGUGUGCGGCAGGAGUCAGACUGGAUCACGGCCUACAACAGCACGAACAACCACUGGAUCAUCCGGAAUCUUCCAUCGCAGAACCAGUACGUCUUCAGGGUUCGGGCCAUGAAUGAAUAUGGAGAAGGACAGUUCAGCGCCGCCAGCGAACUCUUCCUGCUGCCUGAAGCUGGAGCGAUUCUAGGUGUCGAGAAUGAUCCACUGAAAACCAUCAUUGUGUUCUCCGUCUUGGGAGUCUUCCUCUUUGCUGGUGUUAUCUUGGCAUCAUUGUACAUAGUUCACAAAAGAAGAGCAAAUGAAAAGAAGGUGCUUCAGGACAAUGGCCGCGACCUACGUCCUGACCUGGAGCUCGCGACCCUCAGUGAACUGCCUCAUCAUGGCAACUUUAUUCAACAAAACAAUGCACUGUAUGCUUUGGGGGAUUUACCUUCGGAUGAGGAUCUUGCUUCCCUGCCCCUUAUUGAAAAGGAUCAGAUCAUACUGACAAAGUUUCUGGGCAGCGGAGCUUUUGGGGAGGUCUUCGAAGGAAUCGCGCAGGAUCUCGGUGGCGAAGGUUUGCCGCCCACUAAGGUCGCCGUGAAGACUCUCCGUAAAGGAGCCACUGACCAGGAAAAAGCUGAAUUUCUGAAGGAAGCCAAGUUGAUGAGCAAUUUCAAGCAUGAACAUAUUCUGCGACUGCUGGGAAUCUCUCUAGAUAACAGCCUCUACUUCAUCAUCUUGGAGCUUAUGGAAGGAGGGGACCUGCUCUCUUACCUCAGGAACAGUCGACCAUCAGUUGGUGAUCGCGGCCCUCUUUCUCUGAACGAUCUUCUGAGCAUCUGCGUAGACGUUGCGAAAGGUUGCAAGUACCUCGAAGACAUGCACUUCGUGCACAGGGAUCUUGCGGCCAGGAACUGCCUGGUUUCCAGUGUCGACCCCUCCCUGCGCAUUGUGAAGAUUGGUGACUUUGGGCUUGCCCGCGACAUCUACAAGCACGACUACUACCGCAAGGAGGGAGAGGGCCUCCUGCCCGUGCGCUGGAUGGCCCCUGAGUCGCUGGUGGACGGAGUGUUCACCAAGCACUCGGACGUCUGGGCUUUUGGGGUGCUCCUGUGGGAAGUGAUGACCAUGGGACAGCAGCCUUACCCUGCGAGGACCAACCUAGAAGUCCUCCACUAUGUGCGUGAGGGAGGACGGCUGGACAACCCCGACUACUGCCCUGAUGACCUCCACGACCUUAUGCUGAGGUGUUGGUCCUACAAUCCGGAGGAGAGACCAGACUUUGCAUUCUGCCUGGAGACAUUGCAGCUGCUGAGAGAGAAAUAUCAAUCCUUUGCAAACAUGACAACAGCUGUCCACAAUCACAACUACAUUGGUCAUGCAUUCACAGGUCCCAGUAAGACUCUGAGCAUCCCAGAGCAAAAUUCGCUCCUGCUCUCUCAGGAGACGGACAGCAUCUGUAGUGAUCCAGCAAUGGCUCAGAUUCCGUUUCUGCACUGUGGAAAAUACUCGGCCCCGCAGUCCCCCGCGGGGGCGGCCGAAACGUCGCGGUACCUCCAACUUCUCCGCGACAACGAACCAACCGUCGACGCGGACGGCUACGAAGUUCCUCUCCCGCUGCCACCCCCUCACAUCCAGCCUCUGCUGUAUGCGGAUGCCAACACGCCCACUGCCAUUUCUCCCUUGAACUGCGGCCACGUGCAGACCUACACGCACAUUUUCCCCAGCAGUUCGCCGCCCCCAGUGCCUGUCAGUGAUACGGUCCACAGCAAAAGUGGCGAUCCUGUUCAAGACGGGAGGCUGUCGCCCACAAUCACCUCCGCACUCCUGAAGUCUCCUAGGAGUGGCUCUGAGGUGGACCUGGUCGAGAAGUACGACCCUAUAGAGACUCUGAAAGAGAUCUUCACCCGCGGUGGUCGUGCUGACGCGCCCGUCGAAGGUUGGUCGCUGUCAGCGUCUUCAACGGCUCCUUGCACGCCGUGCACGACAAGUGGCGAGGAAUCCGCAUCGGCGAGUCACCGGAACAGCGGCAGCGGCAUUUCCUCGCUGUCGGUCGCGUCGGGCAUGGAACUGGACUACAUGCCAAAGUCUUCGUGGUGCUGAGUUCCUUUCGUGUGGCGACGCAAAACUGUGCAGCCUGGUGCAACGUGGCUAAAUCCGAACUGUGAAGGAAAGUGGGAGGUGUUCUACCAACUGCCGUUGUAUAGAUAAAUGUGUACAUAUAUAUAUAUAUAUAUAGGAAUGGUGGACUCUGUACAGUGAGAGUAUUUAAACUGUGUUUGAGUGAGGUGCAGUAUGUGUAAGUGUGUUAUGAAGAAGAAGCCUUAACAUUGUCAUCUCAUAGUACGCAUCAUGAACAGACUUGUACAGUGGAGCCUCCUACUUUGAGGAUGAUUGUGUUACAGAAAUGUGUCAGUGAUGGGAAGUGAUUGUAUCGUGGUGCGCUGUUUUUGCUUUCAAGCACGAAUCCCGUUGUAGAAUAUAUUAUGUCAACAAUCUAGAAGUCAUAAGUACUAACAGUGUUUUGGAUUAGACCUAGCGUGCCUCGUUUAGAUGCCUCUCUUGCAUGGUUGUUGUUAUAGUAGUGCAGUCUAAUUUUCAAGAAGGAAUAUAAAAUUUGUAUAUAGUGUAUACGUAUAGUAUAUAUAUACAAACCUCUGUGUCAAUGGGUGCCUUCACUCUGAGAUGGACUUCAAUUUACAACCAGAACCCCUGAAGUACAACCUCUGCAUACAGUAAAACUUUUCUUCAAACAUUUGA